GAGGACCAUUUUGCAAAGCCAAUUUACUCUUUGUUCUUGACCGCCAUGUUCUCCUCGUUAUUUUCCACCACCGCACCUGUUGACCCCAAUGCUCCCACAUUCCAUCCCAUCUCGUCAGCGGUUUCGCCGUCGGAUCUUUAUGGAGAGCUUGAACAGAAGGACACAGAGUGGUUGUGUUCUGGAGGAUUCGUGACGGAGACGCAGGUUUUCUAUAACAUCUUAGAGGACGGCACCUCCACUAUGUUUCAAGUGAUUCAUUCGUCAAUCGGGUUGUGGUACCCAACUAUCCAAUUCACCUGUAAGAUCCAUAAUCCCAACACUGGAGAAACGAUCUGGCGCUCUAUCAAUGUCAGCAACUUCGUAACGCCGCCCCCUGGGCUCGACAAACGCUCCAGCAAGGCGGAUCAGUUCUCCAUCACGCACAAGCUUUCUUCUGACCCAGCAUAUGCCGAGUUAUACACUGUCCGUGCAAAUCUAUCUGACGAUCUGCAAAUAUCUUUCGACUUCGUCCGUCCCACCGCUGUACCUGGUUUCAAGGUUGGUAAAGGUCCCAAGGGUGGGUAUUCAUACUAUGGCCCCGAUCUGCAGAAGCCAGAAGGAUAUGUUAUACAUCGCUUCUGGCCACGCACAGCGGCGAACGGUCACAUCAUCCACAAGGGCCAGGCUAUCUCUGCCAAAGGCCCCGGUAUGUUCGUGCAUGCUAUCCAGGGAAUGCGACCAAAUCUUGUAGCCUCUCGCUGGAAUUUUGUCAACUUCCAAAGCAAUGAGCACGGCGGAGUGUCUGCUAUAUUGAUGGACCUCACUACACCCGAUGCAUACGGCCCGCAUGGCGCUGGGUCAGGUGGGGUGGUUGUCAGCAUUGGCUCGCUCGUGCUCGGCGGGAAACUUGCAGUUGUGACUGCAGAGACGAAAUUGCCGAAUGAGCAGCAGUCAGAGCAGGCACCUGUAAAGUCACGAUCGACACAUCUCAAUCCUGCGUUCGAUCCGGACACUGGAUACGAGCAACCGACGGGGCUGAAGUUCCGUUGGGCGGGUCCGUCGAUUGUAGCAGGUGCACAGGGUGCCGUCGACGCCACUGUGCAGGUUGAUGUUGGAGGCCCAGCUGCUCCUAAAGGACUGAUCGAGAAAAUCGAUGUUUUGGCAGAAAUCCCGUAUGUGAUCAAGACGAUGGUAAAUUACGUUGCUGGCACGAAGCCCUAUAUCUAUCAAUGGAUCAACAAGGCGAAGCUAGUUGUUCGCGGUCCUGAUUCCCUUAUUCCUGGUCUUUCUGGAGGACUUGAGGUGGAAGGCGUCUUCUACAACGAGGCGACGUUUAUCUCCUAAACACUUUUACUAUUCCAAUCUCGAGUUAAAUCCACAUCUCUACAUAUAUUCACAGAUCCUGCAGUAUCAUCCUACUACUACAGUGUACACAAUUAGACAUGGAAGCCAUCCUAAUUUUGCAUUUCAUCACGGCUGCUACCAUUU